AGUACGUUUCAAUAAUUCUUGACUAGUUCAAUAAUUAUUAUAAUUAUCAGUCUUGCUCAAGUGAAUCCUAGACAGAGAGGUGACGAUGGAUGUGACAACUACAGAGAGUGAGAAAGCUAGCCUUCGCCACUGUGUGUGCGACCAAGGUCUAUUGACGCGCUGUGAUGGAUCUGCUCGUCUGAAACAAGGAAACACGUCCGUCCUGGUUGGCGUCCGUGGCCCCACCGAGGUACGCAUGAACAAAGAGAUAGCUAACCGUGCCACUGUCGAAGUCACCUACAAACCCAAAGUCGGGAUGCCAGUGGUGAAGCAUCAUGCACUGGAGCAGCUGAUUCGCAGCACGUGUGAGCAGUGCAUCCUUACGACGCUGUUUCCGCGAUCACUAAUUUCAAUUAUCGUUCAGGAAGAGCACGAUGAUGGCAGUUUUCUCUCCUGCACGUUGAAUGCAAUCUGUCUUGCCCUAAUGGAUGCUGGCGUCGCAAUGGCCUACCCGAUGGCGGCCGUCUCGUGUGCAUUAAUGGAGGAUGAAGAGCUUGUCUUCGACCCAACAGCAGAUCAGGAGAAGGAGGCUAAAGCAACUGUGGUGACCGUGUUCGACAGGACCUGCUCCGAUAUAGUCAGCUGUCAGACGACCGGGGUGUUCACGCUUCCCCAGCUGGAUCGAUGUAUGGAUGCCUCCAAGAUUGCAGCGAAGUCAAUACAACAGUUCUAUCGUUCGAGCAUGGAGACGAAGCUAUCAAAGGAAGCCAACUAGUUGUCAAGCGUAACUUCAAGAGGGCAAGAAGUCCGCUGCGACAGCAUAGAUUUGCUCCAGAAAUUCAGCUAAGGCCUGUUCUCCUAUGUGUGCUAUGCUCUAAGACGGGAUGGUGCUGAUGACUAUUGACUGCUGAUUGACUGUGCUGCCGCGAUGCAUAUUUUUUCGGUCAUGCUGUCUACCACUGGGAGUUCUCCACUGUCUGCACGUAGGACUGUGUGUCCAUACGCCUCUUCCCGACAAAGCUCUAAGCCUCAAGUGUAUUUGCCCAUGUGCUGGCAUCCCUCAUGUUGCCAACACGCCCACCACACACCCCCGCACAAGUUGAGUCAGACACAUCAGCUGAGAAUCCUGGAAUCCCGCCUAGCACACUGGUUGGGCUUGAAUUCCUUUUCGCCACGCAUUUGCAGCCAAUCAACGUCAUUGCCACCAUUCCUCUUGACCGCUCACACAUUCCGCCAGCAUUGUUUUUGCUUCCUCAAAACAUCUUGGUGUUGUCGUGAUUGUAAGACAUCGCCGUCUCUACUUUCACCAGUGACAAGUGAUAUGUGCUGCCUUAUUUUAUUUUAUAAGUUGCUGCACGGCAGGGUAGUACGCAUUGGACUCGUAUACCUUA